CACUGACAAUGGCUCAAAGCUUCUGUCACCAAAGAGUGACUAUUCGAAUAUUGUGGAGAAUUGUUACUACUGGUCAUGAAAACCUCAACUAGAUUGAUGAAAUAAUCGAGGUUGAAUUAUUUUAGUUAAUAUAGUAGAAAUAAAAUCAAAUGACUCAAUCCAGAGACAGUGCUUUAUUGAAAAUAAUGUUGGUUAUUGUAGUGUAGAAUAGUUGAUGGACUACUGUGUAUCGUAAAGGAACUGUGGAAAGUCUAUACUUGUGAUGAGUCAUCAUUGGGUUUUCUAGAGAAGCCUAGGAAUUCAUAGACGGAAUAUGAUUAGAUUGCCAAAUCAAAUACUAUUUUUCGUCUGCAUUUUGAAGAUCACUAUAGGACAUCCAACAAGAGUUCCACAAAUCAUCAAAGAUGAGGAAAAAGUAACAUUCCAAAAUAAACUACCAGAGGACCCCUUGGAUUCAGAAAUCACUGUGGUAGGGAAGCCACUAAACACAACCAAACACGGAUUCGGCCAGUUGAAAAACAAUGGAUCCAUUAUCCGGGAAAAGGAAAAACACCACUGUCCAUUCUGCCAAUACUCAGCCAACACGGAAGAAAACAGGGAUUUGGACUCGGAGUCUCCACAACCAUAUUUGAUACUAGGUAAUAUUAAGCCAGUAGUUAAUCAGCCAACAAUUAUUACUCAAAAAGAAAACCACGAAGACAAUAAUUCAACAUGGAGUCCUCAAAACCAAAUCAAAGCUAUCCUCAAAAUCCCAGAAGGUAAUGGGAAAGAACAUAAGAGAUGUACACACGGUGAUAAUGGUCUAGGGGGUGGUUUACAACAUACGGAAUUUGACAAUAUUUUGUUGAAUAACCCUGAUAUUUUGAAAAAUAUCGACUUCAGUUGUUGUAGUACGUUGAGGCGGAUUUUACUGAAUGCGUUGAGAUUGGAGGGCAAAUGUUUGUGUUCAGAUAGUAUAGCAACGUCCCCUAUAAUUAAUAUUACCGCUUUGAAAGACAACGCGUUUGAAGAAGGGUUGGUUCGUCAGGAAGUUCAACCCAUAUUAAUUAAACAGCAGCUUGAUACGUCAUCGAAAAUAUUGGGUCAGGAGGAAGGAUUAGAGAAUAAUUCACAAGGAAAUUUGAUCUAUGAUAGAUUAAUGUUUAAAGAGCCUAACGGAGAAAAUCAUUUGAUAGAUAGUUUAGGUAUGCGGAAUACUGGAGAGAACAUUGAAGAAAAUAACGAUAGAAAACAUGGUAUGAUAGAUUCCUCGGGUAAACAGGACGCAAUGGGUAAUAUUGGAUCGAUUAAGAAUAAAGCGAGUGAUUUAAUAGUUAACCUAGGUAUGAAGAAUACUGAAAUAGGAAAUGAUGAAAAUAACAGUAAAGAAAAUGAUGAUAUGAUUACUACAGUAAUGCAGAGUACAAGAGAUAACAUCAAAGAAGGUGAAAAUGGAGAAAAUGUAAUGAAAACUUCUGGUAUGCAGAAUAAAAAAGAUAGCAUUUCAGAAAAUAAAAAUAGGGGGAGUCAUGGAAACAAUACUUUACUUAUCCAGAAUAUGAGGGAUAACGUCAUAGGCAGUGUGAAUGGAGAAGAUGGUGUAUUAAAUACUUUAGGUUCACGGAAUGAGAAAGAAAAUAAAAGUGGAGAGAAUGAGGUUAUAACUACUUCAGUGAUGCAAAAUACAAUGAAUAGUAUCGACGGUAAUAGCAAUAAAGAUAAAGGUGUGAUGAAUACUCUAGUUAUUCAGAAUACAAGAGAAAACAUUGAAGAGAAUCAUAAUGAAGAAAAUGGUGAACUGAAUACUUCAGGUGUACCAGAUAAAAAAUAUGAUACAACAAAGUUUGGAAGUGAAAUGGGAGUGAUGACAAUCCAUUCAAAUGGGUCCAAAGAUGCUGAGAAUAGUAAGGUUACCUCACAAUUACCAUUUGAGAAACCUGGAAGAUUUAUGGGGAGUAAUAUUAAUGUAAAACCAAUGAUGAUUGAUUCAGGAGAAGAAGUUGGAGCACCUUCAAUAAAUGACAGCUUGAUUAUAGGAAAUAAGAGACAGAUUGAAGAAGACUUGAAGCUCGUGGAAGAAUCUGUGAUGGGUAACACAAAAAAGUUUUCAACUAUUGAAACAGUAGAACUAUCUACAACUUCACUAGGAAUUAGCGAUAGUUCUACAACAGAACCAAACGAGAAACUGGAAGAAAUAGAGGGAUAUCUGGGUAAACCUGGUACUAAAGUAAACUAUAAGUCUACUGAAAAUACUAGCAAUCAGUUAAUGGACUUGUUUGUUGGAAAUAGGAUGGAUAACAGCUUGAAAAAGGUACUAGAUGGGAAACACAAGAAUGAGGAAAAUCUUAGUGACUUGGAUGAAGGAAUAAACGAGUACACAACUGAGAAUUUAUUGAGGCACAUAGAUGAAAAUGGAAUAAUCAAUUUCAAUGAAGUAACAAAUAAUACAACUAAAAAUGUGUUGCACAAGAUUUUAGGGCUUGAAAGUAAGGAGUUGAAACUGAGAAAUAUCUCUGAUAAUUUAUUGGAGAUGAACAUGAAAUUCAGUAAUGGAACAACUCAGAGCACUCAAGAGCUAACAAAAGUUAUGGAGAUGGAAUCAUAUAUCACAACGCCAAAAGAAAGUGAUUUAGAAAAGAAAGCAAAUUAUACCGGUACGGAUGAUAAUUUGCUUAUAACUCCUGAGAAUGAACAGGUCCUAUUGCAGCCUAAUUCUGAAAUCCAAGCAAUAAAAGAUGGGAAGCUAAUACUUGAAAGAAAGAAGAUAUUAUCAAAAAGUGCUGAGAAUCAAUCAUUUACUGCUGAGAAUAGGAGUAAAAAUCUAACAAUAGAAAGUUAUACAGAAAAUACCUGGACUGAAGACAAAUUGAUGAGUACCUUGACAUACAACUUGGGUCAACAAUUGGGAGUAGAUGAUGAUAAGCUUCUAGAACAGACCACGCCUGAGCACAGUACACAAAAUGGCAUAAUAUUUACAACAGGUUACUCAGAGAUAUCAACAAUUGGAACUGAAAUUUCAGAAGAACCAAGUGAAGUGGAUGAUUUGAACAAAAUUAAAUAUCAAAAGAAAGUUUUGUCAGGCAUUCCCAAUUAUUCCCAUUCUGAAAAUGAAGAAAGUGGACCUUUGGAAUUGCAAAAAGAAAACGGUAACCUUCUUAAAGAAUUUUAUGAUAAGAAAUCAAAAGAGAACCAGGAUCAAGCGGAAGAAACUGCAAUUGUUGAUGAGUUUUCAACAGAGAACUCCACUGACACUUCAAUUGAAAAUUCUGAUCAUAUGCUACUACUUCCCAGCCAAAAUGGUUCAACAGUGCAGUUAAAUCGGUCAAAAGAGGCUGUGACAGACAUCCAAUCCACACAAAGUUCUCCUGAUGUCACAAGAGAUCCUAUAGCAAGUUUUGAAGUAAACUCACUUACUACAACAGAGCCAAUAUUACUGGAAUUAAGGAGCUCUACACUAAGUUCUGAAGCAAAAUCUCUUACCUCAGACUCAAAAGAGUUGAGGAAUUCUUCUUCAGACUUUGAAGUGAAUUUGCUUACUACAGAAUCAAUAUUACAGGAGACAAAGUCUCCAGAAGUUUUUCUAGAUAAUGGAAUUCCUACCAUGAAUACAGAGAAGUCCUUAAACAACUAUGUAACUGACUUUCUGAUGAAUAAUCAACAAUUUUCUUCACCAGAUUACUUACCAAGUACUGAAUCUUCAGUACAAAAAAUUCAGUCUACAGAUAACCUUUCGAAAGAUGGGAGUCCGAACCUCUCAACAGUGAAACUAUCUGAUAUUAAUUCGAAUGAUUCUAACACAAACAGGAAGCCAGAAAAGGCUCAGAGUAUAGACAAUCAGACACAAAAUGGAGAAGAUAUUCAACGACUUGAUCCAGAUAAUUCGGAAAACUACACACUUGGUUCAAUCCUAAAACCAACAACAGAUGGUCUUCAGGAAAGUGAAGAUUUCAAUCUCGCUACAACUUCAUCCAACAUCAAACUGGAUAUUCCAUUGAAAAACAACCAGCCUGAAGAUCCUAGAAAGAUGAAUGGAGAUCCUAAAAGGUUGGAGAAUGGAAGAGAUGUAGUAAUGGAAGCAAGCCUUGAGCCAGAUAACUACAUGCUUGGUUCAAUUGAAACUGGUUCAACCCAACCCCAGUCUACAGAUAGUCCUUUGAAGGAUGAUAUUCUGAAUCAAACAAGUAGCCCAUUUCAUAUUGAACUAGAAAAAAGGAAGAAGAUAGACUACCAGUUGAGAAAUGGACAAGAUAUUCUUUCGAAGACAAGUCUUCAACCAGAUAAAAAUCCAAUUGACUCAACACAGACAAAUGAAGGUGAAUCAAGCACAUUAUCAACUGACUUAGAAUCAAACUCUAAUGAUUUGUACACAAAUAAUGGAGCAAUUGCUACUACGCCAACUGAAGCAAGUUUGCUAUCACAAUUUGAUGAGAUGAAAACAUACCAGAACCCGCUCAAUAUGACUUCCAGUAAUGACACUAUUAGAAAAGAUUUACUACUAUCAACUAAUGUGAAUAGAGUCUCACAAUGGAACGGUACUGAAAUUGAUAUUGAAAUGGAAAAGGCUGAAAAUAUAUUGAAAACUUUGAUAGACGGAUUUAAGAAGACACACUUUGAUGAUAACUAUGACAAUAUAGUUGAUGAAGUAACAGAUAAUCCUGAGAAAGCUGUACUUGAGACAUCAACUCAUUUCUUGCGCUUUCAGGAGACAUCAAUAGACUGGAAUCAUCUAGAGAUAACUAUGAGAGUCCAAGAAAUUUACAAACUAAUAAAAAUGCUAGAGAAGAUAAGAACAAUUUCGAAUUAAAUUCUUCCAAUGCUGAUGUUGAUUUCAUUCU